CGAGAGAUGAGAAGCAGAAUAUCCCUCUCAAAUACAUCAAGGUGGUCAUGGAUCUUGAGAAGGUUCGAAAGUAUCCUUGGGGAGUUGCUUCUUAUGAUCUUCUCUGCGAGUCAAUAGCCAAGAACCGCUACAAACUGAAGGAGAAGACAAGUAGUUAUGUUUUAGAUGGAUUCUCCUACGCCUUGCAGAUUUGGGCAAUGGAAGCUGUACCAAAGAUUGGAAAGCUUUGUGGUAAGAAACUGGACAAAGCUUUUGCGGAUGGUCCUAGAUGCAUCAACUGGAUGGGAGCUGGAAAGGCGUCAUAUCAAGAGAUCAAUCGGUUGGAGGAGAUUUUUACAGCUGAGGAUGACAUGUAUCCAUUCAUCUCAUCGACAGGGAAUAUGGAUAUUAUCCAGAGUGUUGAUUUCCGCAGAGAUGAUGUGGAGGAUGAAAGAAUCAAGGGUCUGAUGGAGCUGAUUUCCGCAAAGAAUGACUUCACUCAGCAUGUUUGGGAUUUCGAAGAAGCUGUAGAGGAAUCUCUAGAUCAGCCUGGUGAAGAGGGAGUGAAUGAUGAAGCAGCUGAGACAGAUGAGAGUGAUGAAACUUUUCAGACUCCAAGAGGAUCAACGAGCCUAGGCGAUACAUCAAAGCAGGGUAAGAAAAGGCUUCCAGAUCGUGGUAUGGAAAAAAGGAAGCAUAAGGUUCUCAAUGGUGGAUCGAAGCAACCAUCUUUUAAUGAAGACAUGAAGACUUUUAUGGCGCAGUUGUUUGAGCAGAGUAUCUCUGCAAUGGAACAAAGGAUGGAGAAGAAGAUGGAUGAGAAAUUAGAGCAAUUGGAACAUCGGCUAAAAGCUCCAACUAAGGAACCCCGCGUUGAAGUUGAGGAUGGAGAGACGCCUUCUCCGAGCAAGACAACGACGACCCAGCAGCCAUCGUUGAGGAGGUCCACACGCGGGGUAAAGAACAACUAGUCUUCAUCACUCCUUUAAUGUUAUUUUCUCUUGUUUGUUUGUGACUGCACUUGUUAGUCAUCGCUAAGGUCUCGGUUUGGUUUAGUGUCUUGUUUGUUUUAUGGUUUUGUUAUGUGUAAUAUUGGAACGAUGUAUUUCAUCAGUCCUUUAUGUAUUUUGUUAUGUGUAAUAUUGGAAUUAUGUAA